UUGUUAUAAUGAUUGCAUACUUAAUAAGUGCAGUAAAACAUUGUUAACAAUGUUGUCAUAGCGUUAGUGUGUGUUUGUCUGACAAUUGAUAUUUGAGUUAUAAUUUGCGGCAAUUGUUUGCAAAACAUUGUUAUCUAAGUUAACAUUCAAUGACUGAUAUAACACACAAUUGAAUGAUUCAAAUGAAUGACUGAUUAAACAAUCUAUGGAUAAGUUGGUGGAGAUUAAGAAGUUUAGACCAUUGAAGCCAUUACUUAAAGACCAACAAUUGAAACAAAGACUUCGUCUGUUGGUUUGUUUUGGUAAUAAUGGCUCUGAAGUGAUAUUUGUGACCAACGAUGACCAGGUGUACGGCUUCGGCAAUAAUAGAUACGGAUGUCUUGGUUUGGAUACACAGAUUGACAUAGAAGUGACCAAAGCUACGAAUAACAAGUAUUUAUCAAACAAGAUGUUGGCCAACAUCUACUACGGCUUUGGUCAUUGCAUUGGUCUCACUAGUAAUGGUCGUCUCUAUGGAUGGGGUAAUAACGAGUUCGGCCAACUCGGCAUCGGGUCAUUUGAACACACGAGUCGACCGCAACUCAUUGAAGAGUUCGUUUGCAAGACUGUUGUUGCCGUCAGUUGUGGAAACUCGCAUACUUUGGCGCUGACCACUGAUGGCCUUGUAUUUGCUUUCGGACGCAACUGUUAUGGACAGAUCGGUAACAGUUCACAACAGCAUCAGUCGAUACCAACGCGUGUCUUCAUUAAAGACAAAAUUAUUUCUAUAUCUAGUGGUAAGUGUCACUCAUUGGCGGUUUCGCAUUUGGGUAAAGCGUAUGUCUGGGGAUCUAAUGAAUUGGGACAACUGGGACACCACUCACAAGACUUAAGAACACAGAAGAAGCUGUUUCUUAGCAAAAGACCCCUUUGUAUGGAUGAUGUCAUCAAUUAUAAGUUAAUUAAAGGCGUUUGCGGUCCAAAUCAUUGUCUCUUACUCAGUGCUGACGGAUAUAUCUUUGCUUUUGGACAAAACGAUUGCGGACAGAUCGGGAACGGCUGUUAUGCCACACAAUUCACUGCUGUUAGGAUCAACAAUAAGAUUAAGUUUAAGGAUAUCUUUGCUAAUUAUGACAAUAAUAUAUCGAUUGCAAUCUCGUCUGACGACAAGUAUUUUAUUUGGGGAUUUGGUUCAACCAAUGACUUCAAGAAAAAGAUAUCACAUCCAUGUCUUUUGAAUGAAUCGAUCCAAUUAUACACAGUUUAUGAUAUUUAUUCAAAAUAUACAAAAAUAUCUAAAACUUUUGAAACAAUUGUCUUCAAUGAUUUGAAUGUAAAUAAUAAAAAGUUGGCCGAAGAAUAUGUUGAAAUGAAUGAAACGAUCGAUAAAAUUGAUAAAUUGAGUGAUUGUUACUAUUCAUUGUCAUCAAUCAAUUCAGAUAUUGUUGAGACCAACACUACAUCUCCUAAAUCAAGUGAUUUAGACUAUUAUGACACAAAUACAACGAUUCAAGAAUUGAUGAAUACAAAUGUCAAUCAGUCAUCCGCUACAAGUGAUGCACAGUCUGGUGAUUGUCAAAAAUCAAUACAAAGAUGUGAUUCUCAUUUGAUAUUUCAGAAGCAUUUAAGUGAAGCAUUUGAUAAUCCGGAUAACAGUGAUCUCAAAAUUAUUGUCAACAGUCGACCAAUUUAUUGUCAUAAAACGGUACUUAAAAUACGUAAUGAAAAGUUUUGGCAAAAAUGCGAGACUUUUCUGAACAACCAAAACGAGAUAAUUGUGACCUCAUAUUCAUAUAAAGCAUUUUAUGCUUUCAUUCAAUUUUUAUAUGGAAUAUCACCGCAAGUUAAUGAUGAAAAUGCAUCCGAUAUCUUAAGAUUAGUCACUAUUUAUAAGGAACAAGAGCUUAAAAACCUGUGUUCUAAGCACUUAGAAAAUUGUAUAAAAUUGGAAAAUGUAUGCUUUCUUUAUGAGUUAGCCGUCAACUCGGGUUUACCUGAUUUGGAGGAACGGUGUCGACAGUUUGCAGCCAAUAAUUGGAAAAAUAUUUUACGAUUGGAUGACUUUCAUAAAAUGCAACAAAUACUCAGCAAAAGUUUGAUGAAACUCGUCUAUUAAACACUUUGUAUACCCAUUGCGUACAAUUGAUUUAUUUAAUUAUCAUUUUCACAACAAAUUUUUACUUAAUUUUUUCAUUUAAAAAAAUUAAAUUGAAAUAUAGUUACCGAUGUACAGUGUAAUGUCAUUUCAUUGAAUAUUUUGAAAUACUGUAUUUAAUUGAUGAGAAAAUAAACAAUAAUAUA